AUGGUGGCAGUGGACCUCCAAGGGCUGCCUGAAGAGGGGCGGAACUACCAUCAGUUGCGUCGGCCCUCCAUGGAAGGGGGGCACCACCAGCUGUGUCGGCCCUCCAUGACCUCGUGCCCGAGCAGGGGGCUGCCCCAGAACCGUCCCCAGCAGACACGCAAAAAGCUCCAAGUCAUCAUCUUCAUCCUGCUGGUGGAACUGUUUGAGAGGUUCACCUUCUUUGGGAUUGUGUGUAACAUGAUCCUGUUCUGUACGGUGAAGCUGGGCUAUGAUCACUACCAGGCUGCUACCAUUAACCUGUGCUUUGUGGGGGCCAGUACACUCACUCCUGUGAUGGUGGGAUGGUUUGCUGAUACCUGCCUUGGGAGAACCAAGGUGCUCUACUUGUGUACUCUGCUCCAUCUCUUUGGCACAGCCAUGCUCCCAGUGGUGGCGUUCCCGUUCGAGGACUUCUACAUCGACACGCACAACAUGAUUCACCAGAUGGAGCACCGGGAGCAGCACAUCCUGUUCUACACUGGCCUGCUUGCAGCUGCCCUGGGCAUCGGGGGCAUCCGUGCCAUCCUCUGUCCCAUGGGGCCAUACAAACUACAGGGCUACGACCAGCACCAGCUACUCUCCUUCUUCAACUGGUUCUACUGGCUGGUGAACCUGAACUCGACGAUAGUGUUUUUGGGUAUCGCCUACAUCCAGCAGUCAGUGGCCAACAACCUGGGCUUCCUCAUCCCCUUCAUGUCUGUGCUGCUGAUGCUCAUCGCCAUACACAUGGUCCGCAACAACCUUAUCUUCAGGCCCAAGAAAGGCAGUUCCCUGCUGACCACUCUGGGGGUGUUCCUGAACUCUCUGAAGAUGUGCUGCCUGCACUACCGCCACCUGAGUGGAGACGUAGCCAGCUGGCUGGACCGCGCCAAGGAGAACAACGGGGGGUGCUACAGUGAGACACACGUGGAGAACGUCAAGGUCCUGGCAAGGCUCUUCCCCCUGUAUGGCUUGCAGAUACUGUACCGCGCCUGCAUCACUCAGAUUCCAUCAGGUUACUACAUUCAGACCAUGAACUCUAACCUGCACCUGAAUGGCUUCCUCCUGCCCAUCGGUGCCAUGAACCUCAUCAGCAUCCUACCUCUGCUGCUGCUAGCCCCUCUCAUGGAGUGUGUCACUUCCUGCUACCUGUCCAUGGAGAAAACACCCUUCUCCCCCUCCAGAGUCAUCACACUGGGUCAUGCCUGUGCAGCUCUGUCUGUCCUGGUAGCUGGCCUGUUUGAGGUCCACAGGAAGGGCUAUCCUCUGACGGAGCAGGCCCUGUCAGGGAAGGUGCUGCAGGUGUCCUCCAUGGCCUGCAUCCAGCUGGCUCCCCAGUACAUCCUAUUGGGUCUGGCUGAGGCCCUUGUCACCCCCUCCUGCUCUGUGAUCUCCUUCCACCUGACACCCAGUCAUAUCAGAGGCAUCUCCCUGCACUUCCUCACCCUGUCCUACGGAGGGGGCUGUUUCCUGGGAGCCCUCAUCAUCCAGCUGGUCUACCUACUCUCUGGAGGUAACUGGUACCCAAACACCCUGCAUGAAGGUAAUCUGGAGCAUUUUUUCUUCUUCUUAGCCAUGUUGAUGACCAUAAACACUCUGGUGUUCUGGUGGAUAUCUUACAGGUACUUAGACCUGAGUGUGAUGCAGAGUAGAGGAGUAGGAAGCAGCCUCCUGGCAGAGAAGCUACUGCAGUACAAGACCUGCCUGCGAUUCUACGACACCAUGGAACGCCCCUCCACAACAGCCUCCAUAGAAACAGUGUUGUGACCUCUACACUACCUUCAUCCCCUGUAGAGCUGGAGUUCCACUUGGUUUAUUUAUGUAUACUACAUGACCAAAAGUAUGUGGACCCCUGCUUGUCAAACAUCUCCCAACAUAAUGGGCAUUAAUAUGGAGUUGGACCCCCCUUUGCUGCUAUAACAGGCUCCACUCUUCUGGGAAGGCUUUCCACUAGAUGUUGGAACAUUGCUGCGGGGACUUGCUUCCAUUCAGCCACAAGAGCAUUUGUGAGGUCCGGCACUGAUGUUUGGCAAUUAGGCCUUCCCCAAAAAGCACAGAAUCGUCUAGAAUGUCAUUGUAUGCUGUAGCAUUAAGAUGUCCCUUUACUGGAACUAAGAGGUCUAGCCCUAACAGUGAAAAACAGCCCCAGACCAUUAUUCCUCCUCCUCCACCAAGCUUUAUACUUGGCACUAUACGUUGGGGCAGGUAACGUUUUCCUGGCAUCUGCUAAACCCAGAUUCGUCCGUUGGACUACCAAAUGGUGAAGCUUGAUUCAUCAUUCCAGAGAAGGCAUAUCCACUGCUCCAGAGACCAAUGGUGGCAAGUUUUACACUACUCCAGCCGACGCUUGGCAUUGCACACGUGAUCUUAGUCUUGUGUGUGGCUACUAGGCCAUGGAAACCCAUUUCAUGAAGCUCCUGAAGAACAGUUAUUGUGCUGACGUUGCUUCUAGAGGCAGUUUGGAACUCGAUACUGAAUGUUGCAACCGAGGACAGACGAUUUCUACGUGUUACGUGCUUCAGGACUUGGCAGUCCCGUUCUGUGAGCUUGUGUGGCCUACUACUUCGAGGCUGGCCCGUGUUUGUCCUAGACGUUUCCACAAUAACAGCACUUACAGUUGACCAAGGCAGCUCUAGCAGGGCAGAAAUUUGAAAUGACUUGUUGGAAAGGUGGCAUCCUAUAACGGGCCAUGUUGAAACUCAAUGAGCUAUUCAGUAAGGUCAUUCUUCUGCCAAUGUUUAUCUAUGGAGAUUGCAUGGCUGUGUGCUCAAUGUUAUACACCUGUCAGCAACGGGUGUGGCUGAAGUAGCAAAAUCCAAUAAUUUGAAGUGGUGUCCACAUACUUUUAUAUAUAUAUUGUAUGCACAGUACUGUGUAUUCAUUUCAUUGACAGUCAGUUUAGAUCAGUGGUAUUCAACAGUUAGUUUUAGACAGUCACUUUAGAUCAGUGGUAUUCAACAGUCAGUUUUAGACAGUCACUUUAGAUCAGUGGUAUUCAACAGUCAGUUUAAUACCCUCAGUUUAGAUUUGUGGUAUUCAACAGUCAGUUUUAGACAGUCAGUUUAGAUUUGUGGUAUUCAACAGUCAGUUUUAGACAGUCAGUUUAGAUCAGGGGUAUUCAACAGUCAGUUUAAGCCAGUCAGUUUAGAUCAGGGGUAUCCAACAGUCAGUUUAAGCCAGUCAGUUUAGAUCAGUGGUAUUCAACAGUUAGUUUUAGACAGUCAGUUUAGAUCAGUAGUUUUCAACAGUCAGUUUAGAUCAGUGGUAUUCAACAGUCAGUUUUAGACAGUCAGUUUAGAUCAGUAGUUUUCAAUAGUCCGUUUUAGACAGUCAGUUUAGAUCAGUGGUAUUCAACAGUCAGUUUAGAUCAGUGGUAUUCAACAGUCAGUUUAGAUCAGUAGUAUUCAACAGUCAGUUUUAGACAGUCAGUUUAGAUCAGUGGAACCCAGCAUCUCUCCUCCGGACCAUACCCCUCCCAGUCCACGAGGUACUGAAGGCCCCUUGCCCGACGUCUCGAAUCCAGGAUGGAACGAAAGGAGUACGGCGGGGCCCCCUCGAUGUCCGGAGGAACCUCGUGGAGCGGGCCAGCCACCACCGGCCUGAGGAGAGACCCAUGUAAUGAGGGGUUAAUUCGGUAAUCGGGGUGAAGCUGUAACCUAUAACAUACCACUAACCUAAUCGUUCACUCUCCUCAGGACUUUAAAUGGCCCCACAAACCGCGGACCCAGCUUCCGGCAGGGCAGGCAGAGGGGCAGGUUUCGGAUCCGGGGUCUCACUGCGGUGACGGUCUGCGCCCACUUUCUGGCGCAGAAGGGCACACUGAAGGUGGACAUGGGCGGCGUCUCAUGUUUCCUCCGCGCGCCGGAACCAGUCAACCACCGCAGGAGCCUCGGUCUGACUCUGAUGCCAAGGAGCCGGCUGAUACCCCAAUACACACUGGAAGAGAGUGAGGUUAGUGGAGGAGUAGCGGAGCGGGUUCUGGGCCAUCUCUGCCCAGGGCACAAAGGCUGCACACUCCCCUGGCCGGUCCUGGAAAUAGGACCUCAGAAACCUACCCACAUCCUGGUUUACUCUCUCCACCUGCCCGUUACUCUCGGGUGAAAACCUUAGGUAAGGCUGACGAGACCCCCAGACGUUCCAUGAACAUCUUCCAGACUCUUGAAGUGAACUGGGGACCCCGAUCAGACACUAUAUCCUCAGGCACCCCAUAGUGCUGGAAGACGCGCGUAAACAAGGCCUCCGCAGUCUGUAGGGCCGUAGGGAGUCCGAGCAGAGGGAGGAGACGGCAGGACUUAGAGAAACGAUCCACAACGACAAGGAUUGUUUCCCUGUGAUGGGGAAGAUCGGUCAGGAAAUCGAUCGACAGGUGUGACCAUGGCCGCUGUGGAACAGGAAAGGGGUGUAACUUACCUCUGGGUAGGUGUCUAGGAGCAUUACACUGGGCACACACCGAGCAGGAGGAAACAUAAACCCUCAGCUCCCACACUACCAGCGCCACCAGGCAGGAGGCCGGGAGUAUGGGACUGGGAUCCAUGGGCCGCUCCUCUGUGUCAUACAGCCGGGACAGUGCGUCUGUCACAGGAGCGUAGCUUUGGUGGUGUACCCGAGCGCGGAGAGAGCACAGCACCUAUCCCGCUCCUAUCCCAGCCUCGGACGUGUCCAACUCCACUAUGAACGCCAAAGAGGGAUCCGGAUCAGCCAGCACGGGAGCCGAGGUAAACAGAGCCCUCAGGCGACUAAAAGCCCUGUCCGCCUCAG